AGAGGAGGAGGAGCUCAGCCUCUCCUCCCUCCGCGUGUCUUCAGUGUGUCCGUGGGUUCCGCGGCAGCCGGAGUGGAGAAGCUGCUACAGAAGCUCAGCCUGCACCUGAACGCACCUGCGAUGCUCCUGGAUGCUCCUCUCCUCCUCUUGAGCGGAGAAACUCUCCGACGUGAGCUGGUCUGUGCGUAAAAGUGUCCGGCUCCGUCAUGGCCUAUCCUCAGGGGUUCCUCUUCCAGCCCUCCGUGACUCUGGCUCUGCCCUUCAGCUCCGGGAUCAUCCUGGGUCAAAGGACCGAGGGUUCAGCCUUCGCUCCCUACUCCGCAUCCGCGACCUCCUCCCCCGGAUUCAGCUCCCACUCGCCGUACGCAGGAGAGCCGCGGGCCGCCGCCACCAUCAGCUCCUUCAUGAAUGGCGGCUACGAUCCGUCCUCGGGCGUCUCCGGAUCCUUGGACUACCAUGCCUUCGGGCCCCUGGGGGGCUACCCGUACGGAGACCCCACCUACAGGAAGAAUGCCACGCGGGACGCCACGGCCACGCUGAAGGCCUGGCUGAACGAGCACCGCAAGAACCCGUACCCCACCAAAGGGGAGAAGAUCAUGCUGGCCAUCAUCACCAAGAUGACGCUGACGCAGGUCUCCACCUGGUUCGCCAACGCCCGCCGCCGGCUGAAGAAAGAGAACAAGAUGACGUGGACUCCUCGGAACAGGAGCGAGGACGAGGAGGAGGAGGACGCCAUCGACCUGGAGCGCACCGAGGAGGACGAGGAGCCCCUGAAGCUGAGCGAAGACGAGACGAAGCUGCGGAGCGACAGCGCCGUCCAUCACCCCUCAGCUUCAGAUUCCUGUCGGUUGAUGUUCCGGGACGACGCCGGCACCGACCGGGGCCUCACAGAGCCGACCCCUUUGGAUCAGAGGCUGCCCCACAUUGCAGGUCCCAACUCUGUUUUAGGGGCCCCUCCUCAAAGCGGGCCCCUAGAGACCCUCCGAGUCUCUGGCUCCGAGCGCACGUCAUCGCCAAGCUCCUUGUCUAAGGACCACUCGGGUUCCUGCGGUGCGACUCAGGGCCCGAACCCGGCCCCAAAACCCAAACUGUGGUCCCUGGCUGAGAUCGCCACAUCUGUGGACAAAAAUACAGGAAGCAGUGACUCAGCACAGAGCAAGGGGCGGAGCUCCCUGACCCACAGCCCCGCCCUGCCACGGCACCUGUACUACACUUCCCCUUUCAUCCCUGGAUACUCCAGCUUCCGGCCCCUGGGGCCCCUGCCGGGAGGCCCCGGCUCACACUUGAACGGAUUACAGCAGAAGAUGCUGCAGCGGGCCGAGGCCGCAGCCAGAGACUGCCGACUGCGCAGCCAGAGCCAAACAGAGCUGCACGAACUAAAGAGAGGCAUGACGAACGUGUAGAGGGGUCCGCCUUAGGAGGAUCCUGCAGCGCUUCCACCCAGAGACAGUUUCACAGCUUUUCUAUGUUGAGCAGAUGUAACCUUUGUAGUGCGUUUCUGCACCCAACAUGACGUGUCGUUGAUUAAAAAAUAGUUUUAUUAAGAAAAAAAAAA